AGUUUUGAUACAGUCGGUAUAAUAAUUUUCUUUAUUUUCAAAAGUCGAUAACAAACUAAGUUACUUUAUCAAGUAUCAUAUGAAAAUGAUAUGUUGACAACAAAAUUGUCAAACUCAUUUUAUUAUCUCUAAAAUAAAUAAAUUAAAUACAAUGUGCAAAUGUAUAAUAUACAAAUAAAUUAUUCGUUCUAAUGUCUCGAUGUCAGAUAGUAAGCAUUGACAUUCUUGCGGAAUUUUUAGAAAUAGCUUUUCAUGGAAUACUUUAUAUUAGAAAUUUGUAUCCACAGGAGAUAUUCACUAAAAAAAAAAUAUACAGUACUGGAAUAUUUAUAUCUGAACACCCCGAGAUCAAUGAAUACAUCAGAAAUGUAAUACAAACUAUAAGAGAAUUGUUAUUACAAAGUGAAGAAAGUAUUAAAAAAAUAAAUUUUGUUUUUCUUGAUAAAGAAAAAAAACCGCUAGAAACAUUUGUUUUUGAUUUGUAUAAUUUUCGACUUGAUGGCAGGGAGAAAGAUUCGUAUUUUUUAAAAACAGAAAUGGCUAUGAGAGAAUUUUAUCUCAAAUUGAUGGCAUCGCCAAAUUAUUUAAAAAAAUUACCAGAAGAUUCUUCAUUCAUAAUAGAAAUAGAAACACAUGAAGCAGCUCAUAUUGGACUCAGUGAAAAUGAGAAAUGUCAAGAAUUUCCUUGGCUCAUAAAAGAACUUAGUGAUAAUAGCAACAAUACCACAGCUAAUUUAUUAUUACCUCUUUCUACAUUUAAGACUGAAUAUUUAGGAUUACAAGUAUUUGUAGUAACAUCUGAUAAUCAACGAUGAACUUUUAUAUUUACAAAAUUGCUUUUGAAUUAAAUUUUCUGCAAUUACUUUUUAGUAAAAUUUUCCUGCACUAGAGUGCUAUAAAAUACAUACAUAUAUCUGUACUUAACUUCUCCGCGUGGAUAACCUAAAAAAUAAGUUAAACAUUAUUGAC